AUGUAUGCACUCGAUCUGACGCCGGUCUUUGACCAGCUGCUGAAAAGCAAAGAGGGCGCGACGACGCGGAAGCCGCAAUUCAACGCGGCGCAGACGGAAGGCUUUCUCAAAGAGGCCUACCGGAUUAACAAACACAUUGCGACCCUCUCCAAACAGCUGGGUGACGUCCGGCAAGCUUACCUCUCGACCGCACCGCCGCGACGUUCUCACCACCACCACCACCACUCCCACAACAAUGCCGACCACUCCGCACCCACCUCCCUCACCGACGCCGAGCGCGAAGACAUUGACGCCAAUGCGAAGCGCCUGUUGCGCGACCUCAACGCGUCCAUCCGCGGACUGGCCGAUGCCGAGGCCCUGCACCAAGAGACGCAGCAGGCGCUGAUCCGGAAACAGUACGCGGGGCCGUCUUUUCGCUUUGUCGGGCUCGGCGCAUCACCAAAAUCCCCCGAGCAGACAGCAGCUGAAGAGGCGCAGACACAGGCGGCGGCGCACCAUGAGAGCGUUCUGUGGUACCUGCGACAACGACUGCAGGCGUGCGGACGAGCGCAGCAAACCAUGAUGGAGGCGCGGCUGGCGCGGAUGGUGGUGGAGACCACGGCAGCGAGUCAACAGCAGGCGCUGCUGGUGGGUGCGACGAAUCCAGCGCCACGAGGAAGCGGGGGUGUGUCCGCGUCGGCUGCGGCGUUGGAGGAGGAGGCGCAGUGGCGGGGGGCGUCGUCAUAUGCAUCACGCCCUGGGCCGCCGGGACGAAGCGGCGGCAACGACAAUGAUGGUGCAGAGGCCGAUUUGACUGCCGAGCAGAUUCAAAUGUUUGAGCGCGGCAACCAGGACAUGCUCAAGCAUUACGAGACGACCCUCGACAAAGUUCGGGCCGCCGAACAAUCACUUGUUGAGAUCUCGGAGCUGCAGACCAUGCUGGUCGGCAACCUGGAGAUCCAGUCGGCACACGUGGACCAGAUGGUGGCCGACUCCUUCACCACCGCGGAGAACGUGGCCAAGGGCAACCGUGAAUUAAAAAAGGCGCUCGAUCGGCCGAGCACGGCACGAUACACAUUUUACGCAGCUAGCGGCCUGUGCUUGUUUGUUGUCGUGUGGGACUUUUUCGUAUAG